GGUCUUCUUUAAAUAAUUGCGAAGUAGGCAGACGAAUGUCUUUUAGACAAAAGCAAAACACGCUUCUUCUUCUUCUUCUUCUUCUUCUUCUUCCAACACAAAGGUUUUAACUUGAUACAUCAUCUCCACCACCAUGAGCCACCAGAACCAGAACCACUCGCCGAGCUAUGCCACCGACCCGAACACAAUGUUCGUUCAAGCAGAUCCCUCCAAUUUCCGAAACAUCGUCCAAAAACUAACGGGAGCAGCACCACCGGAACUCUCCGCCUCCGUCGUCUCCGCCGCACAACAGAAGCUUCCUUUAACACCAAAGAAACCGGCGUUUAAGCUCCACGAACGCCGUCAGUCAUCCUCCAAGAAAAUGGAGCUGAAGCUCAACAACAUCACCAACGACUCUUUCAGCAGCCAUUUCCACCGAGGAUACCUCGUCUCUCCCGUCUCUCACCUCGAUCCCUUCUGGGCGCGCGUGAGUCCGCAUUCAGCGCGUGAGGGUCACCACGCGCCGCCGGACAAGGAAGAGCAAAAAGCCAUCGCCGAGAAAGGGUUCUACUUCCUUCCGAGUCCGAGAAGCGGCGCCGAGCCAGCACCGGAGCUUUUGCCUUUGUUUCCUCUUCGUUCUCCUAACGGCACUAAUCACCCGAUUGAUGAAGAUGAUUAUUGCAACUCAUAAAUCAGAGCUAUUUAUUAUUAAUCGUAAUUUGAGUUUAGGCUAUUAAUCCUAAGUUGGUGACACGUGAUAUUGCUGUUCCUUUUUACUAUUUUUGUUAGGGCCUAGUAUCUGUUUGUUUUUAAUUAACCCUUUAGACUUCUUCUUAUUUUUUUUCCCUAUCAGUAUCAUCCUUCCUUCAUUAGGGUCAACUAUUCUAGCGCGUGUACUCCACUUCCAUUAGAAUAUAAAAAAAUCUUAGUAUUCUAUGGUUUUCCUUACGCGGCAAUUACAUACAUUAUUCAAGGAAGACAUCAUUUUGAUUUAAAGCCUCAACGAGUAGUAAUACGUGGGAUCCAAAAACGCACGCUGCGUAGUUUGGAAGAUUAACUACAAUCAAAUUGAUUAAUUACAUCUCCAUUUUUUCUUUACAUUAGUGGCACGUCUGAUAUUAUCAAACAUUGUUUUUCCUAAGAGUUAAGAACAAGUUGAUGCAUGUAUGAGGUGAAUGAAUAGAUAGCCUAGAUGUCGGGAAACCGAAAAAUAGCCUACGUUUUU